AUGGCUAUGAGAACGCCCCGUCGAGUCCCGAAAUUCGCACAGUUGACAUCGAUCUGCAAGGCACGGCCGCUAUUCUCAGUACGUCAUUACGCGACCAUCGAACCUGACCUGAAAGCAACCCUGAAAGAGAUCAUUCCAGCAAAGCGAAAGUUGUUCCAGCAGGUCAAGGCCCAGAGUGAGGAUGCGGUGGGUGAAAUACAGAUCGGUAGUGUCAUUGGCGGUAUGCGUGGCUUGAAGUCCAUGCUAUGGGAGGGCUCAGUAUUGGACCCUAACGAGGGCAUCCGAUUCCAUGGCAAGACAAUCAAGGAUUGCCAGAAAGAAUUGCCAAAGGGACCCUCUGGAACAGAAAUGUUGCCUGAAUCCAUGUUUUGGCUCCUCUUGACCGGUCAGGUCCCAUCCACCGCACAGGUACGCGCUUUGUCGCGCGAUUUGGCGGAGAAGUCCUACCUUCCCCCGCACAUUCUUGAGUUGAUCAAGUCGUUCCCAAAAGCAAUGCACCCAAUGACUCAGCUAUCGAUUGCUGUUGCUGCUCUUAACACAGAGUCCCAAUUUGCUCGGGCCUACGAGAAUGGUCUUAACAAGGCUGAAUACUGGGAACCUACCUUUGACGAUAGCAUUUCUCUCCUUGCCAAGAUCCCCCGCUUAGCAGCCUUGGUAUUCCGCCCCGAUGAGAUUGAUGCAGUGGGCACUCAAAAACUAGAUGUUUCUCAAGACUGGUCGUACAAUUUCGCCGAACUCCUCGGAAAGGGAGGCUCACAAAACGAGGACUUCCAUGACUUACUCCGUCUGUACCUGGCUCUUCAUGGCGAUCAUGAGGGCGGCAAUGUUUCCGCCCAUGCCACUCACCUUGUUGGUAGUGCCCUCAGCGACCCAUUUUUAAGCUACAGUGCUGGUCUACUGGGACUCGCGGGUCCCCUCCACGGGCUGGCAGCCCAGGAGGUUCUACGAUGGAUCCUAGCCAUGCAAGAUAAAAUCGGUACAAAUUUCACAGACGAAGAAGUCAGCUCUUAUCUUUGGAGUACCCUCAAGUCCGGCCGUGUAGUCCCUGGAUAUGGCCACGGCGUGCUCCGCAAGCCUGAUCCACGAUUCCAGGCACUAAUGGACUUUGCUUCCACGCGACCCGAUGUCCUUGCCAAUCCAGUUUUUCAGUUAGUCAAGAAAAACUCUGAAAUUGCACCCGGUGUGCUCACGGAGCAUGGAAAGACUAAAAAUCCUCAUCCUAAUGUUGAUGCCGCCUCUGGUGUUCUUUUCUAUCACUAUGGCUUCGAGCAACCUUUGUACUACACUGUCACUUUUGGCGUAAGCCGUGCUCUUGGACCUCUGGCACAGCUUAUUUGGGACCGUGCUCUUGGUGUGCCGAUUGAGCGCCCUAAGAGUGUCAAUCUCCUGGGUUUGUUGAAGAAAUAG